AUGGAAGUCAGCGCCACAUCCUCCAGUCAGCGCCACAUCCACCAGUCAGCACGGCAUCCACUAGUCAGCACCACUGAAUCCAGUCAGCGCUACAUCCACCAGUCAGCACCACAUCCACCAGUCAGCGCCACAUCCACCAGUCAGCACGGCAUCCACCAGUCAGCACCACAUCCACCAGUCAGCACCACAUCCACCAGUCAGCACCACAUCCACCAGUCAGCGCCACAUCCACCAGUCAGCACUACAUCCACCAGUCAGCGCCACAUCUACCAGUCAGCGCUACAUCCACCAGUCAGCGCCACCUCCACCAGUCAGCACCACAUCCACCAGUCAGCGCUACAUCCACCAGUCAGCGCCACAUCCACCAGUCAGCGCUACAUCCACCAGUCAGCACCACAUCCACCAGUCAGCGCUACAUCCACCAGUCAGCGCCACAUCCACCAGUCAGCGCCACAUCCACCAGUCAGCACCACAUCCACCAGUCAGCACCACAUCCACCAGUCAGCGCUACAUCCACCAGUCAGCGCCACAUCCACCAGUCAGCGCCACAUCCACCAGUCAGCGCUACAUCCACCAGUCAGCGCCACAUCCACCAGUCAGCGCUACAUCGCCACAUCCACCAGUCAGCGCCACAUCCACCAGUCAGCGCCACAUCCACCAGUCAGCACAACAUCCACCAGUCAGCACAACAUCCACCAGCGGCUGCGGAAGUUCCGGUUGGCGUCGGCAGAUCAUAACCGGCAAACUUUAUUCUUCCGCGGCCUCCAAAAUCCUGAACUUUCCGCCUCGUUGUGUUUCCUACACACAAUUGCUGCCACGCGCCUAACUCUUUCUAUUGCUGCCACGCGCCUAACUCCUGCCAUUGCUGCCACGCGCCUAACUCCUGCCAUUGCUGCCACGCGCCUAACUCCUGCCAUUGCUGCCACGCGCCUAACUCCUGCCAUUCCUGCCACGCGCCUAACUCCUGCCAUUGCUGCCACAGGACUUAUUCCUGUCAUUGCUGUCCCGCACAUCCUACGCGUCCUGAUGUAG